UGGGAAAUGAGGAGCCACGGUGGGAAAUGGCUCAGGGAAAGCGGGAAAUGAGCCGUUGUUUCUCAGCUGCUGCUGCUGCUGCUGUGGGCGAAGAAGAAGAAAAACAUUGAUCAUCCCUCCUCCUCCUCCUGCAGCAGAAUUUCCCCGCUUAGAAAUCUUACCUCGGAUCUCUUCGUGGUCUCGAUUUACUCUCGUUCGUUCGUGAAUGGCGCUAGGAAACGUCAUCGAACGGUAGUUUUAGUUAAACAAAAUGGAAGAAGACACUGAAUACCUCAAGCUUCCUCUGGAGGAAAGAUGUGUGCACAAGCUUUGGAAAGCCCGUUUAAAUGGGUACGAGGAAUGCACCAAACAUUUUCCAAAGAUUGUGGAUGAGAAAUCUCCAGAAUUUGCAAAGUUUGCUCCAUUGAUGAAAAAGUUUGUUACUGAUAGUAAUGCUGUUGCACAAGAAAAGGCCUUGGAUGCAGUUUUAGCUUUUGUGGAGAAUGCCCAUGUAGCCGGAAGAACUGCUGGAGAGGUCACUGCAGGCAUAGUGCAAAAAUGUUUAGCAGCACCGAAGCGUGGAACGCAGGAGAAGGCUCUGGAGGUUGUGCUGAUGUACUGUGAAAUUGAGAAGUAUGAAGUUGUGCAGGAAGAGCUGAUGAAGGGUUUCACUCAGAAGAAUCCAAAAGUAGUGGCAGCGUCAGUCAGAGCAGUAGCCACAGCUUUGAGGGAGUUUGGACCAAAAGUUAUCAAUCCAAAGCCUUUGAUGAAGCAGAUGCACACAUUACUGGAAGAUCGUGACAAGAAUGUAAGAGAAGAGAGUAAGAAGUUAGUGAUUGAGCUGUACAGAUGGAUCAGACAGGCUCUUAAACCACAGAUGUCAUCUCUCAAACCUAUACAGAUUCAAGAACUGGAGGCCGAGUUUGAGAAGAUUGGCAAUGAGAAAGUUGUCCAGACAAGAUUUCUUCGGUCCCAGCAGGAACUUAAGGCCAAAAUGGAAGCUCAGGGAGAUGAGGAAGAGGAAGAAGGGGAAGAAGAAGAGGAAGAAGCUUCCGAAAUCGAUGUUUACGACCUCAUGGUACCUGUGGACAUAUUGUCCCAGUUGCCAAAGGACUUCUAUGAGAAGAUUGAAGCCAAGAAAUGGCAAGAGCGCAAGGAAGCUGUAGACCUUUUGUUACCACUUACACAGAAUCCAAGGCUUGAAACUGGUGAUUAUCAUGAACUUAUGAAGGUUUUGAAAAAGAUCAUUGGCAAGGACACCAAUGUCAUGAUAGUGGCACAGGCAGGGUUGUGUGUCGCUGGUUUGGCUAAAGGGUUGAAAAAGAAGUUCACGCCCUUUGCCCUUUCAUUAACCGAGACCGUUCUGGAGAAGUUCAAGGAAAAGAAAACAAAUGUAGUCAGUGCUUUGAGAGAGGCAAUAGAUGCCAUAUAUCAAACGACAUCACUAGAGAGUAUUCAGGAGACUGUGUGUGCUGCUCUAAACAACAAGAAUCCACAGGUUAAGGCAGAAACUGCGGGCUUUUUAGGACGGGCAUUUUGUUAUUGCACACCUACCGUACUGACUAAGAAGCUUCUCAAGGCCUUCACCACUGACCUUUUGAAGACUUUGAAUGAAUCAGAUGCAAAUGUACGAGAACAGUCUGCUGUAGCGCUUGGAACAGCAUUGAAGGUUGUCGGGGAGAAAGUAAUGAUGGUUUUCAUUGCUGAUGUUGACAUUCUCAAAAUGCAGAAGAUCAAGGAGGCCUCAGAAAAGGUUGAAAUGAAAGUGAAGAUUGCUGCUCCAAAGACCAAAAAAGCCCCAGCCAAAAAAGAAGCAAAGUCAGAUUCUAGUACUUCUAGUUCUGCUCCUACUGUUGUUAGGGGAGGUUCAAGACCAGCACCAGCAGGUGGUGCUGCAAAAGGAAAGAAAUCUGGAGGUAAAGGUGGAGGAGGAGGAGGAGGGGGCAGUGGGGGUGGUGCUGCUGCAGAUGAGUGUCAGGAGUUGGAAAUGUCAACAGACGAAGCUUUGGAAAAGGCUGCGGAGGUGUUGCCCGAGGAAGUCGUCUCUGGGUUGACAGAUCCUAACUGGAAGACUAGAUUGGAGUCAAUGGAGACUUUCAACAGUACUGUUCAAGGAUUGUCUCGAGAUGAUAUUCCAGCCCAGGCAUUGGUGCUCACUCUUGCUCAGAAACCUGGAUUUAAGGAUAAUAAUUUCCAGGUGCUCAAAUUGAAAUUGGAGGCACUGAAGAUCAUUGCUGAAAAUUCAAAUUUUACAAGACGUUCAGGUGAAAUUUGUAUCCAGGAGCUAGUUGAGAAACUGUCGGACUCCAAAAAUGGUCCUUUAUGUGGAGAGGUGCUGAUUGCUAUUGCAGAAGCUGCAACAUUGCAGUGGACUGGUUCGGAAGUUAUGAAUAGAGCUUUUGAGCAAAAGAAUCCAAAAAUUCAGGAGGUUGCUUUGAAGUGGAUGUCAGAUGCCAUUUUGGAGUUUGGCUUUGUGUUGCAACCUAUGGCACUUAUCGGGGAUAUAAAGAAGGCCUUGGCACACACUAACCCUGGUGUGAGGACAGCUGGAGUAUCUUUGUGCGGAACCAUUUUCUUGUAUAUGGGUGCUGCCCUCCGGGUGUUCUUUGUUGAUGAAAAGCCAGCUCUUCUACAGCAAAUAGAUGAUGAAUUUGAGAAGAGAAGUGGAGAGAGCCCCCCUGCUCCAAUUCGUGGAGUGAAACAAGCUGGUAACGCAGACAAUGAGGGUGAAAAUGAACCAGACAGUGUGGAUACUGGUCAGCCAGCAAUCAAUGCCCAAGAUAUGGUGCCAAGAGUGAACAUUAGUGAACAACUUACGAGUAACUUAUUUGCAGAGUUAGCAGACAAAAAUUGGAAGGUUAGAAAUGAAGCUCUGCAGAAGAUCUCAAAUAUUUUGUCAGAUGCAAAAUUCAUCAAAGGUGACAUUGGUGAACUACCUGCAGCUCUAUGUAGUAAAAUGAAUGACUCAAACAAAAACAUUGCAGUGGAGGCACUACGUAUUACCUCCCUGCUUGCAACAGCGCUGGGUCAAAAUUGCAAACCUCAUACAAGAACUAUUGUCCCCGGAAUGCUGACUGCAUUAGGAGACAGCAAACAAAAUAUUCGUCAGCAAGCAUUGAGUACGCUCAAUUCUUGGGUUGAGCAAACUGGCAUUAAGGAGACCAUUGAUGGUGAGGUUUUUUCAGAUGCCCUCAAAUCUGGCUCUCCCUUCCUUAAAGCGGAACUGUUCAUCUGGAUGGCAGAGAAGCUCAAGGAUGCCCCACCGAAGAGUGUAAAUAAAGAAGAACUUCAUGGGUGCACCCCUUAUCUGUUUACCGCCCUGGAAGAUCGCAACGCCGAUGUCAGAAAGGGUGCUAAUGAAGCCGUUUUGCCUUUUAUGCUUCAUCUGGGGUAUGAGGGAAUGUGUAAACACACCAGCCAGAUUAAGCCAUCCUCCAAGAACACUGUAAUGCAGGUUCUAGAAAAAGCCAAAGGUAGCCUGCCAGCUCGCCCACAGCCAAAGGCCAAAGCAGCUCCUGCUGGAGCUGGACGAGGUGGAGGGGUAGGUGAGAGACAGGGCACAUCUCUGUCUGGUGGAGCGGGUGCUGGACGAGGAGCUGGUGUUGGUCUCAAGAAGGGAGUGAGAGCACCAUCUGCCACACGCACCGGUGCCGGCAGAAAAGACAUGGAGGAUGUAGACACGUCACCGCUUCUGCAGGUGAACAACUUGAAGCAGCAGCGUGCAUCUGACGAACAGCGUUUGAGAGUACUGAGGUGGGAUUUUGCCACUCCUCGACAAGAAUUCGUCACCCAGCUGAAAGACCAGAUGACUGCCUCUGGAAUGAACAGGCAACUCAUGGCCAAUAUGUUCCACCAAGACUUCAAGUUUCAUAUUAAGGCUAUUGAUGCCUUAAGUGAAGACCUGAAUUCAAACCUUCCAGCUUGCAUAGCCAAUCUGGAUUUGGUAUUGAAGUGGCUCACAAUCAGAUUUUUUGACACCAAUCCCUCGGUUAUCAUCAAGGCUAUGGACUACCUUAAGCAAGUGUUUCAGUUGGUAUCGGAAGAGGAUUAUCAUCUUAUGGAUUUCGAAGCCUACUCCUUUCUUCCAUUUUUGAUAACAAAGUUUGGUGAUCCCAAGGAUUCUAUUCGUGGAUCUGCAAGAAAUAUUGCCAAACUCAUAUGUACCAUAUACCCAGCAAGUAAGGUUUCUCCAUACAUGAUGGAAGGACUGAAAGCCAAGAAUGCUCGUCAGAGAGCAGAAUGCUUAGAAGCCCUAGGUAGCCUUAUCGAGGUGUAUGGGAUGUCUGUCUGUCAGCCUUCUCCUGGUGCAGCUUUAAAAGAAGUUGCCAAGCAGAUUGCAGAUCGUGAUAAUUCUGUCCGCAAUGCCUCGCUCAACGUUUUGGUUCAAGUUUACUUCCGUGAAGGUGAAAAAGUCUUCAAAUUAGUAGGAAAUUUGUCUGAUAAAGAUAUGUGCCUGCUUGAAGAACGUAUAAAGAGAGCAGCCAAGAACCGGCCUGUUAUUAAGAAACCACCUGCUGAACCAGAAGUACCUACGGUUCGAGGUGGAGCUCCUGCGGCUGCUGGACGUGCUAAUCGUGUUAUACCUACUCUUGCUCAGCCUGCACCGGCUCUAGUCCGUAACAGAGAAGGUGCUGAUGGGGCAGCGGGUGGAGAACAGAACUCAUUCCUUAAGAGGAGACUUGCUCGAAAUCCCAGUUGGAGCUCUGAUUCUGUGGACCAGAGUCAAGAAGAUCUGAGCUGGUCACCUCCCGUGUGUCACAGACUUCCAAAGGGUUCCUCGGUUGCUCCUGUCUCCAGCAGCAUAAGUAGCUUGAGCAGUAUGAGUAACAUAAGCAGUUUGGGUAGCAUCAACAAUUUAGGAGGUAGUGAGGGAGGAAUUAAAUCCAGUUCUGACUAUCAGUUGAAGGGAGACUGGCCCCUGCCACCUCUACGUAGGCGUCCAGUUACCUCUGCCACUUUAGAGCAGGCUCGUCGAAUCUCACGUUCCCUUUCGUUUGUGUUGGGAGAGCCAGACCUAGAGCCUUUGGAUGAGGAGUCUUCUCAGUCUCCCAGCAAGGGGUCACCUCACGUCCUGCCACCUUUGUCUCCUCAUAUACCUCCCCCACUUCUCACCAGAACAGUCACUUCUCCACACUUCACUGGAUACGGCUUUAAAACUCAAGCCCGUGCUGCUAAUGCCGAAGCUGAUGGUCCCUUUAAGAUUGAUUACAGUCUAAUUGAAAAGCUACUAGAAGACAAUGAACCAGAAGACAAGCCUCAGUACAACUUGGUAGAGGUUCCAGACUUAAGUGCAUUACUGAACUACAAGCCUGUGUGCCCCACUCCAGCAUCCAGAAUAUCUAGGCCAGGGUUUGGCUUUGGAGCGAGACCGACAGUUCCUUCUGCUACACAGCCAGAUACUGAGGGAGCUGCUCAGGCCAUUAACAUGGUUAUAUCUCAGGUAGGUACUCCAGAUGCAAACACUGUCAUAACUGCACUAUCACAGUUAGACGAGGUUUUACAGUCUGAGGAACGAUCUGGUCAAUUAGCGCCACACAUUGACCAGUUGUUAAUAGUCGCCACUAUACAGUAUCGUCUAGUCUUAAAUACCAAGAUGGCCACUCCUACUGUCAACAAGGAAGAGUGCAUCAAGAUAUAUCGGUCGUUAACCAAUUGUGUGAUGAUGAUAUUCAACAACAAGUCUCUGGGUACUCGUGCCACAAGGGAUGUUCUUAAGGAUGUAGUCCAUGUUUUAAUCAACAUUCUGCUGGACCCUCGCCUUGCUCAGUUAGAAGAUGGACCACAAAUAAUGCGUGCAAUAAACGUCCUUGUUGUCCGUAUUGUUGAGAAAGCCCAAUUCACUAAUGUUUUCAGUGCUCUGCUCAAAUUGCUGCAUGAAAGUGUGGGUAGCGGUGGUAAUUGCAAGUUCACAGAAUUGGUGAUGAAGUGCAACUGGAAAGUGAUUCGUAUCCUCCCUUCACGUACCAGUGAUCUGGACCUUGAUCAGAUUCUACUUGAUGUUCAUAAUUUCCUAAUGGCAUACCCACUGAGCAGCUGGGCUGAUCGACCUUCCGACACCCCGUUGCGAACCAUCAAGACAGUCAUUCACACACUUUGUAAGACGUAUGGCACAACUAUUUUGAGUCACUUCUCAAAAAUCGAAAAUGCACACGGUUCAGAACUCCACAAGUACCUUUCUAAAACAUUAAAGAAACCAAAGACAGAUGAUGAUGGUGGUGCUGGUGAUAGCAAUCGUCUAGCCGCUGCACAGGGCACAACUGAUUCCCAGGACAGUGUAAAGUCUCCGAAGAGAUUAAGUAAAACUGCGCACAAUACGCUAUCAGAAAUAUUCCGUAAAAUUGGGUCUAAAGAGAAUACAAAAGAGGGCUUAAUUCAGCUUUAUGAUUUCAAGCAAAAGCAUCCAGAAGCUGAUAUUGAACCCUUCCUCAAAAAGUCCUCUCAGUUCUUCCAAAAUUACAUUGAACGAGGAUUGAAGAGAGUGGAAAUGGACCGCCAGGCAGAAGGAAAGCUGGUGUCAAUGUCUGCAACAGAAAAUGGGUCAAAUGCUGGACCUUUAGCAUCCAUCCAAGUUCAAGAUACUGCUAAUUUCAACAUGAAUGACGUCAUAGACCAGUUCAAGUCUAUUGCUGCACGUGCCGGUUUUGACAACACAUAUAUUGACAGUGCUGUCAAGGAUAUAUGUAGCACGGAAAAGAAUGGAUCAGGCGAUUUGUCAGAAUAUAUUAAGACCAUGUCUUCGGAGUUGGUGGAACAAAACAAAGAAUAGUUUUCCUCAAAUCAGUGAACUGGCUCGAAUGAGUGAUUGCACAACGGGAAGUGGACAUUUGACUUUAGUGGAAAUACUGUCAAGAAUAAGAAACUAGAAAAGGCAGGAUGAUGUGCCAUAUGACGUGUUGUCUGAUGUACUGCAUUAAAGAUGAAUGAGUACAAUACGUAUUGUACUCUGCAUGUAGGCAAGGAGACACAUCAUGGCUUUUUGCGAUGUAUCCAUCUUCCUUGGCAGUGUAAGCUGAUCAGUGUUCAACCUUGGCUACCUGUAAGGAAUGGCUGUGUGUGAAUCUAACUAGAAAUGUGCCUCAGACUUUUGUCAUAUUUUGGUAACAUAAACAUUUAAGCCUUGUUAAAUUGACUUGGCCUUUGUGUAUAUCAGUUGAGGAUUAUGCUACAUUAUGUUGCCACUUUUAAAUUGUAUGAUUGAUUUGCCAGGAAUUAGUAGUUUAUUAUAUUCAGUACUGAAGUUUCAACAUUCUAAAGGCUCUCUUGACCGUGAAAAUUUUAAGUGCCGUUAAUCCAGUACCACAAUAGGUAAUGACAUUUCUAGCUUGUAUAAUGAAUAAUUGUAUGGAUGUGUUCUAUCCAGUUAAGCAAAGUGCUGUACCAAGUGUUGGAGUAUAUUUAAACCGAUAGGUUUAACUUGUAUGUAUAUUGGUAUUUAUAUCAAGUUAUUCACAUCUAGGUCUUCAGAACUUGCACAGCCUUUUUCAUGUUAGUAUUUUCCGUCACUAACUGGUUCCACAAAGUGAACGUGUGCAAGGUGGCUUAUGUCCAAGACUUCAUUUCUCUUCACUUUCCCUCUCUCUAGAUAUAUAUACACACAUAUACUCUAUGUAAAAGUUACUUUAACUCUAUGUAAAAGUUACUUUAGCCACAACUCCUCAGAGAUAAAAGAAAAGCUAAUUCCAUUGAAAAUUGGAAGAUGUUGUCAGACCUUUUGUGGCUGUGUAUACAACCAUUUUUUUUUCUUCCAUCAGAUUCAAGGUUUUUAUCUGCUCAUUAUUCAAGCAUUGAGACUGACUUUGGUGCACCUUGGAAUGCUGUGCUUUGAACUGCCUUUCGAAUAAAAAAUUUUAUGUUUACUGAUCAUUCCAGACCGAAUAUACUGUAUGCUUAUUUGUAUGAAAAAGGAGCUUACACUAAUCACCCAAAAGUUCCCCUUCCCCCCAUUUUUUUUAUAAUGUAUUUCUUGUAGCUGCAGUUUUUGCAGAUUGACUGUCUGUUCAGAUUUUCCUGAACACAUUUAGCCUUAGAAUUCUCUUCUGAACUGUCAAUCAUAAAAUUUCUUUUCUUCAUUGACUUUCAGCUUCAUCUCAUCAAGGCCUUCCUUGGAGGAACCUAUCCUUUUUAUUACGUAGCUAUUUUAUAUUUUGUUUAAUCACUCCGUUCAUUGAUCAAUGAAUGUAAAUACUCAGUUUUAGUUUCAUUACAUGUUAAAUUAUAUAUACUAAUAAACCCAUUGUGGAUAGAUAUAGGUAAUAAAGUAUUAGAUAAGAAAA